AUGGUAGCGAGUGUGAUCCCGGUGGUAGUGGGCCUGGCAAUGCGGUACGUGGCUGCGGCAGACUCGUACUCGGAGCUGGGGUGCUAUUCGCAGUCGGACCUGAGCUCUGCGCUGGAUUCGAAGGGCAGUUACACGUACCAGAGCACGUCGUACUGCGAGAACGAGUGCGACGGGAGCGAGGUGGUGGCGCUUUUGGGCGGGGAUACGUGCUACUGCGGCGAUUCGGCGUCUGCGCUGUCGUCGGUGUCGUCGACGGACAGCGGCAACUGCGACACCAAGUGCGCGGGCUGGCCGUACGAUACGUGCGGCGGGUCUGGGUACUUCCAGGUCUAUUUGAAGUCUGGGGUCACGGUGCCGAAGUCCAGCGGCAGCAGCAGCAGCGGCGGCAGCUCCAGCACGAGCUCCAGCGCUGGUGGCAGCUCGAGGUCAAGCUCCAGUGCGAGUUCCAGCAGCAGCAGCUCCAGCAAGAGCUCUUCCGGCUCCAGCGCCGGCUCGAGUUCCAGCUCCCGCGCCAGGUCGAGUUCCAGCUCGAGUGCUAGUUCCCGCAGCAGCAGCAGCAGCAGCAGCAGCUCCAGCAAGAGCUCUUCCAGCUCCAGCGCCAGCUCGAGUUCCAGCUCGAGUACCAGCUCUAGGUCCAGCUCCAGCGCUAGUUCCCGCAGCAGCAGCAGCUCCAGCGCCAGCUCGACUUCAGGCUCCAGCUCCAGCUCCGCGUCCCGCUCCAGCAGCGACGCACCCACAACAGUCACCACGUCGUCGGCGUCUGUCGCCACGCUUUCAAACAACCAGCAUUCUACCCGGUAUGUAACGCAGACCACGGUGCUGAACUCGCCCACCGCGUCGGGUACGUCCGCGCAGGAUGUUUCGUCCAAGUCUAGCUCCACCAGCAAAGACUCUCUGUCGGGUGGGGCCAUCGCAGGAAUUGUCAUCGGUUCGAUCGUGGGGUCUCUCUUGGUCGCAGGCCUGGUUUUCUUCUUGCUAUGGCGUCGUCGCAAGCAACAGGCGAGAGACCUGGAAGAGACGAAGCACCAUCAGCCCUACUCUUUUGGCGACAGCGACGGCUCGGCGAUCCCCGCGGCGCAGCGCAACGCGUCUGUGCGCCGAACCUCUUCUGAGCUUGGACACUCCACGAACAAUGACUACGCGGGCCAAACCCCGGUGUUCGACGACAGCUACGGCCGCAUAAGACUCAGCGACGGCUCGUUGCCGGACGUCACGCAGGAGCACGGGCCGCUGCGUAUAGUAAACCCUGACACAGAAGUCUAUCCGCACAGAAACUAUUAG